UUGUUUUUCAUCUCUGGAAGCUUAUUGUGUCCUCCUUAGUGAAGGCAGAUCCAAAGUAUUUGCGCAACUGGUCUACCAUCUGUUUGUUAUCCAUUAUGAAUUCGCCUAGCAGUGGUUAUUAUGUGGCAUCUAAGGGACUAUGUCAAAUGGCUAACCUGUCUACAAUUCAGUAUAUGUUUGUGCAGUGGGCCACCCGAGAAGCCCUCAAAUUUGUCCUGCAUAACGUAUUAUGAUAAAAACAUGACCUGUUGGUGGAAUCCAGGGAAAGACAAACACAUCACAACCACAUAUCAACUGAAGUUGUUCAUUCCUUCAAUUCCUUUACAAAGCUGCAUUCCAGAAAAUUUCAAGAACUCAUGCACAAUUUUUUAUCCAGAUUUUCAUUAUUAUGUUGAUUAUAUCAUUUGGGUGGAAGCCAAAAAUAAUUUUGGGAAAACAGACUCAGAUCACCUAGUGAUGGAUACAAUGAAUUCAGUCAAGCCUGAACCCAUUUUCAUCACAUCAGUACAACCUGGGCAUGGUUUGAGCAGAUCACUAAUAGUGAGAUGGAAAAAGCCUUUGAAAUUGCCAAAAGUGUUUCCACUUAAAUAUUGCCUCCGUUAUCGAAUGGCUGGGACUGCGGACUGGAUAGAGGUUGAACUAAAUGAAACAUCUUCCCAAGCAGAGUUUUUCAUGAUUGAAGGCCUAAAGCCAUUUACAAAGUAUAUUGUGGCAAUUCGUUGCAUGAAACAGGAUGGUAAAGGUUACUGGAGUGAUUGGAGUUUGGAGAAAACUGGAACUACAUCUGAAGAUCAACCAUCUCAAGGACCAGAUCUUUGGAUAGUAAACAAAAAUCCAAGUUCACAAAAUAGAUCAAUACUCAUCAUGUGGAAGGAACCAAGCAAGUCUGAGGCUAAUGGUGUCAUAAAAGGAUACCAACUGAAGAUAAAAGAAAGAAAAAGUCAGGCAGUGAUGUGCAUCAACAGUACUAAUCUGGAGUAUAGUCUCAUUCUUUCUGGAGAAUCAUACACAAUAGCAAUUACUGCCUACAACUCAGUCGGGAACUCCCCUGCAUCUGUGCUGAUAGUGCCUUCAGCAAAUCAGAAAGAACUCCCACCUGUGCUCCAUGUCAGUGCUGCCCCACAUAAUGACCAACUGAUGGUAGAAUGGAAAGCUUCUAGCUCCACUGUAAAUACAUAUGUAGUUGAAUGGUGUGUGGUAGAGUCAGACAGUAAUGAGUGCAGUGGGCCAGUUCAUUGGAUGUAUGAACCGAAUACCACAAACAAGGCAUUUGUGAAAG